CCUGAGCAGCGGCAAUGGCCUCAUAUAUAGUCUCGACUUCGGAAGCCAUUAGAAACGAUCAUCAUAACAAACUUGACUGGCAUCCAACGUCGCAUAUCCCUGGUCUCUUUUUUCAGCUCAGACAGGAUGACAAAAGAAUCAGAAUAUCCAGUUAUGAUCAACACCGCUAAUUCUAUCCCCGCAGAUGAUGACCCAGCCAGAGAAUCAACUCCUUCAACAGCGCCCAGGUUGGGUAGAUGUUUGGCAGAUGAGCGGUACAAAAUACACGAGCUAGCGCAACGUAAGAUACUUGUUGAAUUUAGCGAGGGAUCGUCAGCAAAUCCAAACAAUUGGAACUUUAAUAAGAAGGUGUACAACGUCCUCAUAGCACUGUUUGUUGUGCUCAACAGUGGUGUAUCGUCCUCUCUACCCAGCAAUGCGGUCCCCGCCAUCAUGGAAGAUUUUCACCAGCGUGGUGAUGGGCAAAAGGUCUUGCCAACAGCUGUGUUUCUUAUAGGAUACAUUGUCGGUCCUUUAGCGUUCAGCCCUCUGAGUGAGGUUAUUGGCCGAAAACCGGUCCUGACUUGGACCUUCACUGUCUUUGUCCUAGCAACACUCGCCUGUGCCUUUGCACCAAAUUGGCCCUCUUUCCUAGUUUUCCGGGUCGUCUGCGGGACUAUGGGCGCAGCACCGCAGACUGUGGUCGGGGGGGUAUAUGCGGACAUGUUUUCGGACUUGAGGAACCGAGGACGGGUGAUGGCUUUCUAUAUGUCGGCUGCAAGCUUUGGACCAAUUCUUGGGCCGAUAAUCUCUGGUUGCUCAGUUCAGUAUGGCUGGCGAUGGACGUUUCGCAUCGAUCUGAUAUUCGCCGGCAUCUCUUGGAUAGGGCUUAUGUUUAUGUCAGAAACAUUUGCGCCCGUCAUUUUAAAAAGUCAGGCCGCUAGACUGAGGAACGAGUCGGCAUGUAAUUCUUAUUUGACUCGGGAAGAGCUGCAAACUGGAGGCUUUCAAUACAGCACGACUCAGAUCGUCACCCGCCCAAUCACCAUGCUCUUCUUUGAGCCCAUCAUUUCUUUUACGGCCCUCUAUAUCUCUCUGGCAUACAGUCUCGUCUUCUUCUAUUUCCAAGCGUAUCCCAUCAUUUUUAAAGGAACCUACAAUUUUGACGUCCAAACCACCUCUCUCGUCUACAUCCCCAUUGGCAUCGGCGCCGCCUCCUCAGGCCUCAUCUCUCUCUACUAUGACACAAUCUACGAGAAAGCCAAAAAGCAAGGCAAAGCCUGGACCACGAGCCCAGAGUUCCACCGCCUUCCCGUAUGCUGCAUCGCAGGCCCCUGCCUCACAAUUAGUCUCUUCUGGCUGGGCUGGGCCGCAAGCCGCGCAAUCCACUGGAUAGCCCCAGUCCUAUCCGGCCUCCUCUUCGGCGUCGGAUACCAAAUGAUCUUCAUCUCGCUGCUCACAUACGUGACGGAUGCAUACAAGAUCUACUCAGCCAGUGCCCUCGCUGCAUCGGUGAUUCUGCGGAGUAUCGUCGGCGCCCUUUUCCCACUUGCUGCGGACCCCUUGUAUUCCACUUUGGGUGUGGGGUGGGCCACCUCUGUGCUGGGGUUUGCUAGUUUGGCGUUUAUUCCUAUCCCUUUUGCGCUGCUUUAUGUAGGGCCUUGGAUUCGGGCGAGGAGUCCCUUUAGUCAGCGGUUGUUGCAGGAGGAUCUUUUAAAGGAGACCAGGGAGGUGAGGACGGGGGAAAGUGCAUAGGAUGGGACUGGAAGGUAUUGUGGUAUUGACGAUGAUACGCGUUAUGAAAUCGUCCGUGUCUCUGGCUCCGAGUGUUUUGCUCAGGUGGUGUUCGCUUAUCGAAAAAAUUGAUAUCGUGAGGGGGGCACGUCAAGUAAUUUCUAAUAUGUGAUAGAAUUGAUUUGAUAACUCUUUC